UCGUCAAUAACUUAUCAUGCAUCUCGGCCCAGGAGCGGUAGGUUGGGUUGGGGCAUUGCUCGCCUGCCAUCAGCUUCCCGUGCUUGCUCAGAACAUGAUGGAAGACAGGACAGCUACCACUUGCCGAGGACUUCUCUACCUUGGUGGACGGUCGAUGACCCAUGCGAUACAAUACCGACUGCAUAACCAAGGGGGACACUCUAGGAUGGAAAUGGUUAUCAUUCAGGUUUCCACACGGCUCUGCGGCUCUGUCUCCGGGCCUAGAUGUGGAGCGAAGAAUGGAGCCAUGGAUAGGGUUGUUUUGGCGCAACUCGCUAUGUUGAUAAGUCUUGACGCCGGAGGGAGGUUCGGAAGACGAUUCGGGAACCGCCGCCCCAUCUCUUGAAUUCAGAAGUCCCACCCAGAACAGUGGCAGGAAAGGCAGCUCAGACGUCCAAUGAGAACAUUAUCGACUUCCUCUAUGGUGAGUCCUUUCGACAUCGAUGCA